AUGGUGCAAAGCCUUCAAAUGGUAGAGACAGAAGCUGCAAAGGCAGGACUCAAAGUAAAUAUAAAUAAGACGAAGGUAAUGCGAGUAAAUGCAACAUCCUACCGGCCAUUCUCUAUCCAAGACAUCCAACUACAGGACGUGCACCACUUUUGCUACUUGGGUAGCAUCAUAACAUCGACUGGAGGCUCUUCUGAUGAUGUCUCAAAUCGCACCAUGAGAGCUCGGCAAGCUUUCGGACAACUAAGCACAGUUUGGAAAUCACCAUCAAUCUCCACCCGCACUAAGCUAACAAUUUUCAAUUCGUGUGUUAAGUCUGUGCUCCUUUAUGGCUGUGAAACGUGGAAUAUGGCGGCUAGAGACAUAAACACUUUGCAAGUUUUCCACAACUGGCCCUACAGAAUAUCAAACACACACCUCUGGACAGUCACAAAUCAAAGGCAAAUACAUUCCGAAGUUUUGAGAAGGAAAUGGCGAUGGAUAGGCCACGCAUUACGAAGACCACCCGGAGAUGUAACCCGCAAAGCCAUUGACUGGAAUCCGCAAGGUAGUAGAAGGAGAGGACGGCCUGCCCACACUUGGAGAAGACAGUUAGACAUAGAGGCUUCGCUAGCAGGAAAAAGUUGGAAUGAAAUCAAGAACCUAGCAUCAAACAGAAACGAUUGGAAAUCUUUUGUUGAGGCCCUAUGUUCCUUAUAG